AUGGGGGAGCCUGGAUCAAUCAUGAAGACAAACCAGCCUUCUCUGGGAAAGCUCCAGAGAAACUUGAUGCCCCACACUUUAGCGAAGAAGAGACAACUGGUUUCAGCCAUGAGCAAGCGGAGACGUCGGAAACGGACUGAACAUCCAAUGAGGCUGACCAGCUGCAUUUUCAAAAGUGCAGUCACCAAGGUGACUGCCCAUCCUGACAAUGUGGUCAGGCACAGGCAACAGGAGGAGACCUUGGAGAAGCCCCAGCAGAUGAGUGCCUACAGGAGACUGCAGGGGCUCCAGGCCUGCAGCAGUGAAGGGGAACUUCUAAAUACUUUGGAUGUGACAAAUGUGAUGAGAAUAACUGCACCAGGAAGUGCGGGCGAAUCCCUGGGCCGUGCUGGUCCUGGGUCUCUGCACACCAGUCCCCAGCCCAGCGCAGCACAAUUGUUACAUGAGGUAGAGAUGAUCCCAGGAGCAGGUCUCUGGGGCCCACAGCUUCUGUGCAGGCGACUGGUCACCCGUGGAGACAUCCAGAGACAGAAUCUCAGAGUGAGGAAAGCAAGAGAGAGACUGGCUGCGGCUUUGAGGGAAGACAGGCUGGCCAGGGAGGCAGAGAGCCAGGAGUGA